CCCCGCCACUGUCCUCACCUCAGACAGGCAGACACCUCGAAGUCGAAGAGCUAGCUGGCUAGCUAGUCGCCACCAGCAAUGGCAGCCAAGUGGUGGCUCACCGCCUCCCUGCUGCUCUGCCUCGCCGCGGCCACGGCGGCGGCGAGAGGAGCGCCCCGCGGCGACUGCGACGACGCCGCCACCUUCGCGUCCGCCGUCGCCGGGGACGACGGAGACGACAGCGCCACCGCCAACGCCGUGGAGGAAGCCAAGACCGCCGGCGUGUUCGGCGGCCGGACCGGCGGCGGCGGCCUCUUCGGCGGCGUCCACGGGCCCCUGGGCGGGGGCGUCGCGGGGUUCGGCCCGUUCGGCGGGGCCGUCGCCGGCGCCGGCCCGUUCGGCGGGUUCGGUGGAGGCGGCGGCCUCGGCGGCGGUGGCGGCGGCGGCGGCGUGCCGUAAGGUGCUCGCGCGCGCGCAUGGCUAGAGCUGCAACGUCGUGUGCCUACGUGGCUACGUGACGUGUGUGCGUGUAAUAAUAAGGUGCCCGUACGCGUGUGCCGCAGCUCGUAAUCUGGUCUCGUAUGUCUACGUCAUGUACGUAUAUAUACACGCGUAUACGUGCGUCUCGGUAACCGUGUAUGUGUGUACUAGUAGAGUGUGCUGAUCGAUCGGUCGAGUUCGUGCAAUGAUCAAGAAGAAUUCAAGAUGCGUUGGGCUUGUUUUCUAUUCCGAGGAUUUGCUCAGCUUCGUGCUAA